AUGGUCAUUUCAUCUUCAAUUGCUAUGCGUGAUCGAAGUUCUGAAAGUGCCCGCUUUGAAAUUUUGAGCGCCGAAUACAGUGCUGUUGUUUUGAAUAAUGAGAAUUCUAGCAUACACAUUGAUGCUGUUGUUGAUCCCUUGAGUCCUUCUGGUCAAAAGUUGUCUUCACUUCUUCGGGUAUUGUCGAAAUGCAUUCAGCCAAGUAUGAGGCUUGUUCUUAAUCCACUGAGUUCCCUUGUUGAUCUUCCUUUGAAGAAUUACUACCGAUACGUAGUACCCACAAUGGAUGACUUCAGCAGUACUGAUUAUACAGUAUAUGGCCCUAAAGCAUUCUUUGCAAAUAUGCCACUGUCCAAAACCCUCACCAUGAAUCUGGAUGUUCCGGAGCCUUGGCUUCUCGAGCCUGUAAAUGCUAUCCAUGACCUGGAUAAUAUAUUGCUUGAGAACCUAGGCAACAUAAGGACAUUGCAAGCAGAAUUUGAACUUGAAGCUCUUGUUCUUACUGGUCACUGUACAGAGAAGGAUCAUGAACCUCCCCGAGGCCUUCAGCUGAUCCUUGGAACUAAAAAUACACCGCACCUAGUGGAUACCCUUGUCAUGGCAAAUCUGGGUUAUUGGCAAAUGAAAGUAUUUCCCGGGGUUUGGUAUCUGCAGCUGGCUCCAGGGAGGAGUUCUGAUCUCUAUAUUCUGAGAGAAGAUAAGGAUGAUGGUAGUCAAGACAUGCCUUCGUCAAAGCGUAUCACUAUAGAUGAUUUGCGAGGUAAACUAGUUCACUUGGCAGUGGUGAAGAAAAAGGGCAAAGAACAGGAGAAGUUGCUGGUUUCUUCUGAUGAUGAUGACCAUUCUCAAGAGAAGAAAAAGGGUCCACAACCAGAAGCAACAAAACCCAUACCAAAACCAUUCGACUUGGCACAUUUACCUUGA